AUGUACGGCGGCAACGGAGCGGAAGGCGGAGACAGUGGUGACGAUCAGAAGUCACGUGGGUGGAUAGACUCACCUGGGGCAGCGGCAGCAGCCACAAGUGUUGCGACAGGGUCGGACAAGUUUUUGUCAGUACGCCCGGUACUCCACAAUUGGCAGCAGCAGCAGCAGCAGCAGCGUCCUUCGACCGCUCCCCAAUCGUCUUCCUCCUUCUCUUCCGGAAAAAGCUCAAAUGUCAACUUCGAGGCACCAGAACCGACGGGGGGAAGGAGGGGUGGAGACGCUGGAGUGUCCUCCUCGACAACGCCAACAGAGCUACAUAACCGUUCGGUUAGCGGUAACACCAUCUCCUCACCCAAUGGCAGCACCACCAACGGUAGCGCUACCCCAGCAGCUGUAUUCGGAGGCAGGGAAGAAGCUCACCACUCCCCGUUCGAAGAAGACCUCAUUACCUUCCCCAGGUUCAAGCCACACGCGCUGAUGCAGCCUACGUUGUUCAGCACCGACGACCCAGCUGGGGGGGGUUCCUUUCACGAUGGAGGCAUUCUUUCAGGUGGGGAUGGCGAACAGGGAGGCGAAGGCGACCGUGGGGGCGGGGGUGGAGGCGCUGGGCGGGUAGAAGCGCUGAAGAGGGCGGGGGCGGGAGGUGCAAAAUUGCUGAACGCUUGGGAGAAGAUCGAGGAGCUGGAAGGGCUGGUAGAGUCAAGCCGGUCUCACAACGAGAGGUUGCUCGAAGACCUGGAGGAGGUACAAACCGACAAGGUCUCCAUGGAAUAUCUCCUUCGCGAGAAACUGGAACGGCUGGUUCAGUCCGAGAUCGAGGCGCGAGUUGCCCGAAUGCAUCAGGAUGGCGGAGUUGACGAAAUAUUGCGGCGCCAGCUGGACGGUCUACGGGUAGAAGCUGCCGCAAGGGCAAGGAGCGAAGCUGUUCUGAGGGAGGAAAUUCGUUGUCUCAAGAGCAGCGCACUCGCGCAACGCCCUCUUACGGAGCGCCAAGGGCCGGACGAUGAAGUCGCGACCGAGGUCCUAGCCAGGACUACUCAGGAGCUCGAGGAGCUUCGCUGCGAGAACGCGGAGUUACGAAAGCAAAUACUUUCUCCGGCUUUGCGGCGCGAGGACGCUAACAGUAUGUCUGAGAAUCGAGAAGCGGGCAAGGAAGGGGAAGACGACCGAAGUAGCGUUGCUCAUGACAGCGCCCAGGAAGCGGCGCUGCAGGACCGUUGUGAAGCUUUGCUAGGAGAACGGAAGGCGAUGCAGACCAUCAUGGAGCAAAAGGUGCAGGUGCUGGUGGACAACGUGGCCGACUCCGCAUGUGCUGUUCUCGACCUCGUAGCGGCCUCCCAAAGUGGUAUCGACAACCGCCGUGGAGGUGAUGGUCAUACUGGCAGUACUGAUCACGCGCAGGUAGUACUGCCAUCGCCAUCCUCGGCUCCGGCUGGAGGAACCGGGUCGACAGGCGAAGGUGAAGUAUCGAGAGCGGGAACGGAGUCCUCGUCGUCCCCAGCCGCUAGAGAAGCAGCCGGUAGGGCACUAAGCAAGGACGUGGGCCAGCUGAGGAGGCUGGUUCAAGCUGCCAUAACAGCGCUAAGAAACGCUGAUGCGGAGGAUCAGCAGCAAGGCAUAACGGCGACGGCUUCGUCUCCGCGCAGUGAGGAACACGACCGGAAAACCUGA